ACAUCCCUGAAAAGCCAAGCAAGCUGAAAAAGUAUAUUUUUCGCUUGUCAGAAAAACAUAGAUUGUCAUAUUAAUUUUCGUGUUCAAAAAUGGCUUCACUCUUGGCACGUACAGGCGGAAUUAUAAUCGAAUCGACCAAACCCAAAGCAUUAGCAAAGAUCUUCAGCUACUCUCCAGUGGUUGUCCAGCACGUUAGAAACCUCAAUGUCCAGGAACAUGUAUCAUAUAGCCUGUUAAAUGAAAGCAGUAUCCCGACACCAAGGUUUGCGGUGGCUAAGAAUGGUAAAGAAGCCCAUGACAUUGCGCAAAAGUUAAAAACAGACAAUCUGGUUCUCAAGGCUCAAGUUCUUGCGGGUGGACGUGGCAAGGGCACCUUCAAAAAUGGACUCAAGGGUGGCGUCCGUGUGGUCUAUAACCCGGAAAGUGCCGAAGAAUUUGCGUCUAAAAUGAUUGAUCAAUUGUUGGUAACUCGGCAAACUGGCGCAGCUGGUCGCAUCUGCAAGAAGGUUAUGGUGGCGGAGCGUAAAUUUCCCAGACGUGAAUUUUACUUUGCUGUAAUGAUGGAGCGAGCCUUCAAUGGUCCUGUUCUAAUUGCGUCCAAAGAGGGUGGCGUCGACAUUGAGGAGGUUGCCAAAGAGAACCCUGAUGCUAUCCUCUAUGAACCAAUCGACAUAAUAAAAGGUCUUACUGAAGAACAGGCCUGCAAAAUUGUCGACAAGGUCGGACUUGGCGGUGACAGUGCCGAUGAACACGUCCAAAUGCUUCUCAACUUAUACAAGUUGUUCGUAAAUAAGGAUGCGCUUCUGGUUGAAAUUAAUCCGUAUGCGGAAGAUGCUAUGACCGGCUGCUUUUUUGCACUGGAUGCCAAACUUCGUUUCGACGACAAUGCCGAAUUUCGCCAAAAGGAACUGUUCUGUCUGCGUGAUUGGACUCAGGAGGAUCCCAAGGAGGUCGAAGCUGCCAAAUACAAUUUGAAUUAUAUUGCGUUAGACGGCACCAUCGGCUGCAUGGUCAAUGGCGCUGGUCUGGCCAUGGCCACAAUGGACAUUAUUAAACUGUACGGCGGCGAGCCUGCGAACUUCCUUGAUGUGGGCGGCGGCGCUACGGCGGAGGCAGUAAAGGCUGCUUUCAAAAUCAUUACCUCGGACAAAAAAGUGUUGUGCAUUUUGGUGAACAUUUUUGGCGGUAUUAUGCGUUGCGACGUCAUUGCUGAGGGCAUUAUUUCUGCAACUAAGGAUUUGAAUUUGAAUAUGCCUGUUGUUGUGCGUUUGCAGGGCACCAAGGUAAAGGAAGCUCGUGAGCUGAUACGCACAUCCGGCUUAAAGAUUUUGGCGCGUGACGAUUUGGACAAGGCUGCUGAUUUAGCUGUCCACCUGGCGCAGAUUGUGAAGCUGGCUCGCGAAAUGAAAAUGGAUGUGAACUUCGAAAUACCCGCUGACCAAAAGGGGAAGAAGGGCGAAGACAAGUGUAAGAAAGACAAGAAGAAAUCCAAAAAAUAGUGAGUCAGGAAAAUCGAAAGAGCAAAUGCAACAUUUAUUAUAAAUCCGUAAGUGAAAAGGGAUUAUAAGAGAUGCGCAUACACAAAUGAAUGAGACGAUAUGCCUAGCCAGGUGAUGCCACACAUAGCCAAGUAUCUUCGAAUGACCAUUUCAAAUGCAAAUCAAAGCCAUAAAAUUUCAUAGCUAAAUUACUCUGCGCACAUAAACUUUAUUCGGCAUUACUAUAUCCAAAUUGAAGAAUUUUUUUAAAGUUGGCCGCAUACUACAGGCCUACGUAUAUUAAAGUCUCAAGACACUGCGAGACAUUCUUGUUUAUUUAAA